AUGCCACCGCUGCGUCGCACACGGCGCGCAUUGCAGCCUUUUGGACCCUCUCCCGGCCGUGACGGCGCCCCUUACGCCGACGACGACAACCUCAAAACUGCCGGUACUCCGGCUCCAGCUGCUGCUGCCAGCGAUGUCAGUCUUACACCCACAGCAGUGAACAGCACGUCACCAUACGCAGGCGACCCGGCACUCGUCGACCCCCGCCACCAACACCACCACUCCGCCUCCUCCGCCGGCUCAGCGGCCCCGGAUCCAGGGUUGGACCUCCUAUCGGAGGAUUGGCUGCAGAGCCUGCGCUUAAUGCACCACUACAGCACCGUGACAUGCAACGCCCUGCCGUCGGAUGCCUGCACUGAGGAGCUGUGGAAGACGGCUAUACCCGAGAUGGCAUGCUCCCAUAAGUUCCUGAUGCACGGCUUGCUGGCCGUCGCAGCGCUGCACUACGCUCACGUCCACCCGGCCGAGCGCCGCAAGUGGGAUCUCAUCUCGGUGCACCACCAGAACCUCGCGCUGCGCUUCUUCGCCGCCCGCCUCAACGACAUUGACAAGUCCAACUGCGAGGCCUACUUCUUCCUCGCCUCGCUCAUCUUCAUCGUCAGCGUCUACUCCGUCGCGCACUCCGAGACGGUCGGCCGCGCCGUCGGCCUCGGCGACGUCGCCCAGUCCUUCCGCUUCCUGCACGGCGUCAAGGGCAUCCUCGACUUCCAGCCGCUCGAGGAGUGGCGCCAGAGCGGCGGUCCGCUGGACAUGCUCCUGCGCUCGCCCGAGAUCCCACCCGGCAUGAUGAACGCGGGCAGCGCGUUCCAGCGGCGGCUCGACGCGGUCACGGCGCUUGCGAGGGAGGUGCCCGCCUCGUUCCACGAUGUUAUCAAUGAGCAGAGCGUGUGCGUGCUGGCGCUCGAGAGCUUGCGGCGCUCGCAUCAGAUCGUCUCGGCGGCCGGCGACGGGGAUGCCAUGCCCGGGGGUGUGUGGGGAUGGUGCGUUACGCUGCCGGCGCUGUUUAUCGAGAUGAUUGGGAGCGGGCACGCGACGGCGCUGGUUAUACUGGCGCACUUUGCGGCCUUGUCGAGGAUGUGUGAGCGGCGGGACGAUUGGGCGUGUUCCGGGUGGAGUAUGGGGGUGAUGCUUAUGGUGGAUGAGGUUAUCGACGACGAGUGGAGGCCUUGGAUUGAGUGGCCCAAGAAGAGCAUGAUGGAGCAGAUCAGUGUUGAUGAGAUGGAAGUUUGA